UCGGAAGCUCGCGCUCCCGGGCCGUGGGGGCGAGAACGCCGGCGGCGAGCCGGCGUCGCUCGCCGCCCCCAUCGGUGGCAAACUUCUCGGCGUCCCCGGAGCUGGUCCGAGCGAGACAGAGAUCUCACCAAUAAAAAAAAAUCCAAUUUCCCCUUCCCACCCCGAACCAUGGAGGCUGCGGCCGCUGGAGUGCCCCCGCCGGUGGCGGCCCCUGCCCGCUAGCUGGGGACCAACAGCGCCACGGCGAGCGAGCGGGCGAGCGAGGAGGGGAGAGGGAGUCUGUCUGCAAAGUGCUGCUCCCUGGUGCUCAGAGGCGGCUGCUCCAGCUCCAACUCUCAUUCAUUUCGCCGGUUAACAUGAGAGAUCAUGGCCGCCUUCGGGCUUCUCAGCUAUGAGCAGAGACCGCUGAAGCGCCCCCGGCUCGGGCCGCCCGAUGUCUACCCGCAGGACCCCAAGCAGAAGGAGGAUGAACUGACUGCUGUGAAUGUAAAGCAAGGCUUCAGCAACCAGCCAGCCUUCACUGGGGAUGAGCACGGCUCGGCCAGGAACAUUGUGAUCAACCCGUCAAAGAUCGGAGCUUAUUUCAGCAGCAUAUUAGCUGAGAAACUAAAGCUUAACACUUUCCAGGAUACCGGAAAGAAGAAACCCCAAGUUAAUGCUAAAGAUAAUUAUUGGCUGGUUACUGCUCGAUCUCAGAGUGCAAUUCAUAGUUGGUUCUCUGACCUAGCAGGAAAUAAACCACUUGCUAUUUUGGCAAAAAAGGUUCCCAUCCUUAGUAAAAAGGAGGAUGUUUUUGCGUAUUUAGCUAAAUAUUCAGUACCAAUGGUUCGAGCGACCUGGCUGAUCAAGAUGACUUGUGCCUAUUAUUCUGCCAUUUCUGAAGCUAAAAUCAAGAAACGUCAGGCCACUGACCCCAAUUUGGAGUGGACGCAGAUAUCUACUCGGUACCUUCGAGAACAGCUGGCCAAGAUUUCUGACUUCUACCACUUGGCGUCCACUGCGAGUGAUGGCCCUGUCCCUGUGCCCCCGGAGGUGGAGCAAGCCAUGAGGCAGUGGGAGUACAACGAGAAGCUGGCGUUUCACAUGUUCCAGGAAGGAUUGCUGGAAAAGCAUGAAUAUUUGACGUGGAUCCUGGAUGUCCUAGAGAAGAUCAGACCGAUGGAUGAUGACCUUCUUAAACUCCUACUGCCGCUGAUGCUGCAGUACUCGGAUGAGUUUGUGCAGUCAGCCUACCUGUCCCGCCGUCUGGCCUACUUCUGUGCCCGGCGUCUGUCCCUGCUGCUAAGCGACAGCCCCAGCCUCCUGGCCGCCCACUCCCCCCACAUGAUGAUCGGGCCCAACAGCUCGGGGAUCGGGGCGCCCAGCCCCGGCCCCCCCGGCCCUGGCAUGAGCCCUGUGCAGCUGGCUUUCUCAGACUUCCUUUCCUGCGCACAGCACGGGCCCCUGGUGUACGGACUCAGUUGCAUGCUGCAGACGGUCACUCUCUGCUGCCCAAGUGCCUUGGUGUGGAACUACUCCACAAAUGAAAGCAAGAGUGUGAGCGCGGGCUCACCUCUGGACCUGCUGCAGGUCGCCCCGUCCAGCCUCCCCAUGCCGGGAGGGAACACGGCAUUCAACCAGCAGGUUCGGGCCAAGAUCUAUGAGGUGGAACAGCAGAUAAAACAAAGGGGCCGUGCGGUGGAAGUCCGGUGGUCCUUUGACAAGUGCCAGGAGUCCACAGCAGGGGUGACUAUCAGUCGGGUUUUGCACACGUUGGAAGUCUUGGAUCGACACUGUUUUGACCGAACUGAUUCCAGCAACUCAAUGGAGACGCUUUACCAUAAGAUUUUCUGGGCAAACCAAAACAAAGAUAACCAAGAGGUCGCCCCCAAUGAUGAAGCCGUGGUGACGCUGCUGUGUGAAUGGGCCGUGAGCUGCAAACGGUCAGGCAAGCACAGGGCCAUGGCUGUAGCCAAACUCCUGGAGAAGAGGCAAGCGGAGAUCGAGGCCGAGAGAUGUGGCGAAUCAGAAGUCCUAGAUGAGAAGGAGUCCAUUUCUUCUGCUUCCCUUGCUGGCUCUAGUUUGCCUGUUUUCCAGAAUGUUCUGCUAAGGUUUUUGGAUACACAGGCCCCCUCAUUGUCGGACCCCAACAGCGAGUGCGAGAAGGUGGAGUUUGUGAACCUGGUGCUGCUCUUCUGUGAGUUCAUCCGUCAUGACGUCUUCUCCCAUGAUGCCUACAUGUGCACGCUCAUAUCUCGAGGGGACCUGUCCGUCACCGCCUCCACUGGGCUUCGGUCGCCCGCUGGGGAGAAUGUAGACGAGCACUAUCCCAAGGACCAUGAGGUGAAACUGGAGGAGCAGAGCAUCAUGGCGCACAUGGGCAUUGACCCAGGAACCGCUCACAUUUUUGAUGAAGUAGACAAGAGUGACUUUAAAGCCGACUUUGGCUCGGAGUUUCCAAUUUUUUCUCCCAUGCCUGGAGAGUCCUGUGAGAACGCCAACCCUUCCUUGGGCAGAAGAAUGUCACUUAAUGGAGAGAAGUUGGCCAAGAGGGAAAAACCGAGGGAGUUGAUUUUCCCAUCUAAUUAUGACCUCCUCCGCCACCUGCAGUAUGCAACACAUUUUCCUAUACCUCUGGAUGAGUCCUCGAGUCAUGAAUGUAACCAGCGCACAAUCCUCCUCUACGGAGUGGGCAAGGAGCGCGAGGAGGCCCGGCACCAGUUGAAGAAGAUCACCAAAGACAUCCUGAAAAUCCUGAACAAGAAGAGCACCACAGAGACAGGCGUUGGGGAUGAAGGGCAAAAAGCCAGAAAGAACAAACAAGAAACAUUUCCAACCCUGGAGACGGUGUUCACAAAACUCCAACUUCUGUCAUAUUUCGAUCAGCAUCAAGUGACGUCUCAGAUCUCUAACAACGUGCUGGAGCAGAUCACCAGCUUUGCUUCAGGGACGUCCUACCACCUCCCGCUGGCCCACCACAUACAGCUCAUCUUCGAUCUCAUGGAGCCCGCACUGAACAUCAAUGGACUCAUUGACUUCGCUAUACAGUUGCUGAAUGAGCUGAGUGUCGUGGAAGCCGAGCUGCUCCUCAAGUCCUCCAGCCUGGCAGGCAGCUACACCACGGGGCUCUGCGUGUGCAUCGUGGCCGUUCUCAGGCGCUAUCAUAGUUGUCUGAUCCUGAAUCCUGAGCAGACAGCCCAGGUGUUUGAAGGGUUGUGCGGUGUGGUGAAGCACGUCGUGAACCCCUCAGAGUGCUCUUCCCCCGAAAGAUGCAUCUUAGCCUACCUCUACGACCUCUAUGUGUCCUGUAGCCACCUCAGAAGCAAGUUUGGAGACCUCUUCAGUAGUGCCUGUUCUAAAGUAAAGCAAACCAUAUAUAAUAAUGUGAUGCCUGCAAAUUCCAACUUGCGAUGGGAUCCCGACUUCAUGAUGGAUUUUAUUGAGAAUCCCUCAGCUCGAAGCAUCAACUACUCAAUGCUGGGCAAAGUCCUCAGUGACAACGCAGCCAAUCGCUACAGCUUUGUCUGCAACACGCUUAUGAAUGUCUGCAUGGGCCACCAGGAUGCCGGCAGGAUUAACGACAUAGCCAAUUUCUCCUCCGAGCUGACCGCCUGCUGCACUGUCCUCAGUUCAGAAUGGCUGGGGGUUCUGAAGGCUCUCUGUUGUUCUUCCAAUCACGUGUGGGGGUUUAAUGAUGUACUUUGCACUGUGGAUGUGAGUGACCUUUCAUUCCAUGAUUCAUUAGCUACUUUCAUUGCUAUUCUGAUAGCACGACAGUGUUUCUCCCUGGAGGACGUCGUGCAGCACGUGGCUCUCCCCUCUCUCCUAGCGGCAGCUUGUGGAGAUGCGGACGCGGAGCCCGGGGCGAGGAUGACCUGCCGACUGCUGCUUCAUCUGUUCCGCGCGCCACAGGCCUGCUUCUUGCCUCAAGCCGCCGGCAAACCUUUCCCCGGAAUAAGAUCGUCUUGCGAUAGACACCUCUUAGCUGCUGCUCACAACAGCAUUGAAGUGGGAGCGGUUUUUGCCGUAUUGAAAGCCAUCAUGAUGCUCGGAGAUGCCAAAAUUGGCAAUAACAGCGUCAGCUCCUUAAAGAACGAUGACUUCACCAUGAGGAGUUUGCGGCGGGAAGGGGCCUCGGAGGACGUCUGGCCUGCCUCUCAUAGCUCGAAGCCCUGCGCGAAGAGCAUCUCCAUAGAAACGGCCAAUUUAAGAGAAUAUGCUCGAUACGUGCUGAGGACCAUCUGCCAGCAGGAAUGGGUAGGAGAACAUUGCCUAAAAGAACCUGAAAGGUUGUGUACAGACAAAGAGCUGAUACUGGACCCCGUGCUUUCCAACAUGCAAGCACAGAAGCUCCUGCAGCUCAUCUGCUACCCACACGGCCUCAAGGAGUGCGCGGAGGGUGACAACCUGCAGAGGCAGCACAUCAAGCGCAUCCUGCAGAAUCUGGAGCAGUGGACAUUGAGGCAGUCCUGGCUGGAACUUCAGCUAAUGAUCAAGCAGUGCCUGAAGGACCCUGGCUCCGGGUCUGUGGCUGAAAUGAACAACUUGCUGGACAACAUUGCGAAGGCCACCAUUGAGGUGUUCCAGCAGUCCGCCGACUUGAACAACAACUCCUCGCACUCUGGCAUGGGCCUUUUCCACCCCAGUGGCAACGGGGGCGCUGAUACCAGUAGCACGAGGCAAAAUGGAAUCAAGACCUUUCUCAGUUCCUCUGAACGCAGGGGCGUGUGGCUGGUGGCCCCCCUCAUCGCCAGGCUGCCCACCUCUGUGCAGGGGCGGGUGUUGAAGGCUGCUGGGGAAGAGCUGGAGAAGGGGCAGCACUUGGGUUCUUCUUCCAAAAAGGAGCGUGAUAGACAGAAACAGAAAAGCAUGUCUCUCCUGAGUCAACAGCCAUUCCUCUCGCUGGUCCUCACCUGUCUCAAGGGACAGGAUGAGCAACGAGAAGGUCUGCUAACGUCCCUCCAGAAUCAAGUGAACCAGAUUUUAAGUAACUGGAAGGAAGAAAGGUACCAGGAUGACAUCAAGGCUCGGCAGAUGAUGCACGAAGCUCUGCAGCUGCGCCUGAACUUGGUGGGAGGGAUGUUCGACACAGUGCAGAGGAGUACCCAGUGGACGGCAGAAUGGGCCCUCCUGCUGCUGCAGAUCAUCACCUCAGGAACCGUGGACAUGCACACCAACAAUGAAUUAUUCACAACAGUCCUUGACAUGCUGGGUGUUUUGAUCAAUGGGACAUUAGCCUCUGACCUAUCAAGUGCAUCCCCAGGAGGCUCAGAAGAGAACAAACGUGCAUAUAUGAAUUUAGUAAAGAAGUUAAAAAAAGAGCUGGGAGACAAGCGGUCAGAGAGCAUUGACAAAGUUCGGCAGUUGCUGCCUCUGCCGAAGCAGACGUGUGACAUCAUCACCUGUGAGCCCAUGGGCUCCUUGAUCGACACCAAGGGGAACAAAAUCGCUGGAUUCGACUCAAUAGAUAAAAAACAGGGCCUCCAGGUCUCUGCCAAGCAGAAGGUGUCCCCGUGGGACUUAUUUGAGGGCCAGAAGAACCCCGCUCCUCUGUCCUGGGCCUGGUUUGGGACCGUCCGUGUGGACCGGAAAGUGAUCAAGUACGAGGAACAGCACCACUUGCUGCUGUACCACACACACCCCACACCCAAGCCCCGGAGCUACUACCUCGAACCGCUGCCCCUGCCUCCUGAGGAGGAGGAGGAGGAGCCCGCCUCACCCGUCUCUCAGGAGCCAGAAAGGAAGUCAGCCGAGCUGUCAGAUCAGGGGAAAACUGCAACAGAGGAAGAGAAGAAGAGCAGGGGCAGGAAGCGCAAGACGAAAUCCAGCUCCAGGGGGGAUGAAUAUCCACAGAGCAGCGUGUACCGAGUGCCUCCCAACUACUCACCCAUUUCCUCCCAAAUGAUGCACCAUCCACAGUCCACCUUGUGGGGUUACAACCUCAUGGGCCAGACCCAGCAGCCCGGCUUCUUCCUUCAGAACCAGGCUCUCACUCCAGGUGGCUCCAGGUUGGACCCUGCAGGCUCCUUUGUCCCAACCAAUACCAAGCAAGCUUUGUCCAACAUGCUGCAGCGGCGCUCGGGGGCCAUGAUGCAGCCCCCCGCCCUCCACGCCAUCACCUCGCAGCAGCAGCUGAUCCAGAUGAAGCUUCUGCAGCAGCAGCAGCAGCAGAGGCUCCUUAGGCAGGCCCAGGCCCGGCCCUUCCAGCAGGGCCCACCCGGGGACCAGGCUGCUCUCUUUGCUGCACAGGCUCGGCCCUCCCCUCAGCCCCCUCAGUAUCCAGGGCUGCAGCAGGCACAGACCAUGCCCCAGGGCUACACCAUGUACGGAACCCAGAUGCCUCUGCCACAGCCCGCACAGCCGCAGGCCGGCGUGGUCCUGUCCCCCAGCUAUGGCUCCCGGGCCUACCCGGCCGCACACUCCAGCCCUGCGCUCAUGGAGAGACUGAGGCAGAUGCAGCAGCAGCCCAGCGGCUACGUACAGCAGCAGGCCCCGCCCUACCUGCAGCCCCUGACGGGCACCCAGAGGAUGAACCACCAGGCUCUGCAGCAGAGCCCCCUGGUGGGCGGGGGCAUCGAUGCCAUGCUGACGCCUGCACACCCGAGCCUCCCCUCCGUGCCCCUGCCUCAGGACCCCUUGAGGCCCCGGCAGCCGCAAGUUCGACAGCAGCAGAGACUCCUGCAGAUGCAGCAGCCCCCCCAGCCCCAGCCGUCUUCACAGCCCCAGAGCCAGCAGACCCUGGGUCUCCAGGCAGUGCAGCCCCAGCAACCCCUGUUCCCCAGGCCAGGCUUGCAGCAGACCCAGCAGCAGCAGCAGACGGCCGCACUGGUGCGGCAGCUCCAGAAGCAGCUUUCUAGUAAGUCCUCGUCUGGGUGGACGAACUGCCUGUCCUGUGUGAGCUCAGAGGGAGACACCCUGGGGGGCCAGUUACCCCAGCCCAAGGCCUCGCCUCAGCAGGUGUGGGAUUCUCCUGUGGAGCUGGGUCCUCUGCUGAGUUCGGUGGUGCUAGUUGGAUCUUCCACGAGAGGCUUCCAGGGCGAGAUGUGCUGUGGGCAGUGGGUCUGAUCCCUGCACCCGAGGUGUCCUGAGAGCAGUAAGAGGAAAGCACUUACCUGCAGCACACUUUGUACCUGUGACGGCAUGUGACUCUUUCUUUCAUAGGUAACCAGCCGCAGCAAGGAGUGACUCCCUAUGGGCACCCUUCACACUUCUGAAUCGGGAAGACAACCUGCAGUUUUGUGUUUGCACUGAAAAGUAGAAAAUCAGAGUUAAUGUGUCAGUCAUCCUGAGAAUGUCCCUUUGGUCUUUCAUUUCUUUGGUUUCUUAUAUUUUAUAUUUCAUAUGGAGGUGUUUAAACAAAAAGCAAAGGAGAAGUUGUGCUUUGCAUUCAGCAUUGAAGGAGGUUUGGCAGUGUGGCUGAUGGCUCAGGCAGACCUCCUCCCCGCGGAUGGUGGCAGCAGACCUUUGAAAUUGGUGCUUUUUCUUUUUUUUUAAAGUCUUCUAGGUACAGAAAGAAUGAAUUAUGGUGGGUUUAAAUAUUUAUGGGUUCAUUAAUGAUUGUUUUGCUCUUUUGCAACUGUGCUGGACCAACUUCUGACUUGAAAGGCAGAUUAGGUCUUGACAGGAAGCAACCCAUUCAUUCUGCAUUCACCUGUGAUGGGCAACUGGACAUUAAUCUGCGUCAUUAUAAUUUGAAAUAUUUGUAAUUCCAUGAGCACUUUAUAAACUUUCUUAUUUGUGUAGGACUUUGCUUUGCUUUUGUUGUGGUCAAAGGUGCUGAACCAGGUUGUUGCUUAGUGAUUUCUACAAUCAUGACUUCCAUGGGAGCCUCUUGGAAGUUGCUGCACCUGACUUUGUUUUCAGUGGUGAGAGCAUGGACCAGAGUCUUCAGGAAGGUACAAUAUGUCAACCUUAAACACCUGGAAGGACCACCGUGGAAUCGUUCCUGUAUUUACUGCCAGUUUUGGGAAAAUGACUGUCCAGAUUUGGUUCUCUAGAGCUUUAUGCCACCUAGAGUGAAAAUCUCGCAGCUGGCUAGAGAGUCCACAGAGCUCAGACUUGACAUGGUUUCCAGAGACCCUGGCCCCAAAGUCCAGAAGGCUCUGGUUUUCAUAAAAGGUGUAUUUGCUGUUAAUUUUGUAUGGUAAGUAUUUGCUACUUUGAAUUUAAUUAUUAAUGUUGGUGUCAGUCUUGGUUGUGUAUUGCAUAUACUGUAUUUAUAAACUGGUGCAAAAAGCACAAGUAAAUUAUACAUUAAAUUUAUUAUAAAGAAAUAGUAACUAUUUUAACUUUGUUCAAGUAUGUGGUAAUUUGCUCCUAUUAAAGAAUACAGUAAAUUAUUAUCAGUUUGUGUAACUUAAGAGUAUUCCAUAUAAUAUUUUUUUAGAUUUAGAUGCAUAAAAUUUUGAAUGUGAAAAUUGCAGGGCAUUUUAAAAAACACAUGUGGGGGAUAUCUUCCCAUGUUCUGUGUUACUUCAUCUUUUUGCCAUAUGAUUUUACAUGUAGUCACACAUACUGUGAAUAGAUUCGUCCAAUGAACAGACCACAUAGAACUACUUUUUUUAAAAUGUAGCUAGUUCCACUUAAGUAGAUCAUUUCUUUUGCGAAUCAUUCUGUAAGUAAUUCACAUCUUCCUGGGCGAGCUACUCAUUGCAGUUUGACUCCUGCCAAUGACCUCAAAUUCACGUCAGCUUCCUGUGCUAUGGCAGCAUCCGUGUGAACUGCUUUUGUACACUGUGAAGACAUUCACUCCAGCCUGCCCCAAGAGGUGUUUACUCUGGGCUGGAACAGACUUUGCCAAAACAUUAAAGACCAUUCUUUUCACUAAAUUAACAUCCUACCUGCUUUCAGAAGAUGUACCUUUACAUUUCAGCUGCUUGUAUAGAUCAGGUUUUACCCUCUCCAGAAUCAUACUCAGAGUUCAUGAAGUUAUUUUUUUUCUGGAGUGGUGGGUAUGUCUGGUGACUCAUGGGCAGAAUCCUUGAAACAUGAAAGUUGUGCCUAGUGAGUGAGUCCUAUUCUGUUUUUGGUCCUUGUUUAAGAAUCAUUGGUAUUUUGAAGGCAAAUUUUCAGUUUGAACCAUUAAUCGUUGUAGCUCAGUAUUGCAAACAGUGGCAAUACUGUGUGAGGAGUGAGUGUUAUCAUUGCAUAGCAUUUGUAUGCACUUUACAUUUUGCAGAAGUUUAUUUAUUAAUCAUUUUGCACAUGAAAGCUAUGGGGAGUACCUUUGUGGUUGCAUUAAGGUGAGGAAGCUAAGUCUUGAGUAAGUCCCUAUAAUUCUGAAACACUAUGGAAGGUUUAGGAAAAACUAGAGCUGUUUUCUUCUUGUGUGUUAUAAGGAAAGCAAUUGGAACUUUUAAGUUAGUCAUAUUUCUCUAUCCUGACAUGUUUCUUUUGUAGCAAAUGCAUUAGUUUGCAUUAAAGUGUUCACAAGGGAAAGCCCUGAUACAGAACCUUGUGAUUUGCUCGGUAAGUUGCAGAGAGAUUAGACUAAUAAUACAGAGACCCCAGCCCAUUUAAGAUAAGACCUUGAAAUCUAAUGGAAGUGGGUACCCCUAUCAAAACGCCUGGAUGUGAGGACCCCUUGGACACACCACUUACGUCAUAGGCUUGUUCCUCAUCAGGUUGCCUCCAUCCUUUUACCUACCCAUCUUGGUUCAGCAGUAGAGGGAGAUCACUGUCCAAGUGUCCUUUGAUCUCUUGCCACGCACUGGAUACCCAGAUUGGUGGCAAACAGGUGACCUCUGAAAGGGAGUUCAUCCUCAUGUCUCAAGUGACUGGCAGGGCCAGCGUGUCUCAGUGUCCUUAGCUAUUUGUAUAAGAGCCAUGGCUUUUUCCCAUUUAUAAGGCUCUUAUAAUCCUAAAAUAAUAGGUACAGAUGCUGGAGAAAUUAUAUUGGAAAACCCCAGCCUCUAGAAUUAGAAAAAUAAAUCAUAAUGUCCCCCAAAUUAAUUCAGAUUGAAUUAAGCGUGCAAUACAAAUAGUGAAUUACAAAAAGCAACAUUUUGUGUAGGGUUGAUCAAAUUUUAAAUACAGUGAAGCUUCAUUAUAUAAUAAUUUAAACUCUCCCAAACAUUUUCCCAGUGCAUAAAGAAUUAUUGCAUAAUGAAAUGAAAUGCGCAAGAGGAAGAUUCCUCCCUAGAAAACUUUCCUUAUGAACAGCUCUGAGCCAGGAGUUCCCGAGCUAGAGCUUAGUCAUAAAGGAGCUUCAUUGUAUUUUAAAAUCUUUUUAAUGGACAGAUUUGGACAAAGAUAUAAUCAGCCCCUUUUCACAUUUUAUGGUG